CAUUUCGUACAAAUAACGCACAUUCUGUAUACUCAAUAAAACUCGUAUCAAAUUUUGUCAUCAAAAUUGUCUCAGGCGAAAAUGGAGGGUUGGGAUCCAAACACGAAAUCAACGCUAACACAGAUCCCGUUAUUGACAAUCAAAGCGGGUCCACGUGACGGGGCGUUAUGGACAGAGAGAUUGAAGGAAGAGUAUAAAGCCCUAAUAGGGUACACAUCAAUGAAUAAAUCGAAAGAUAAUGAUUGGUUUCGUAUAUCAGCAGCAAAUCCAGAAGGUACAAGCUGGAAAGGGAAGUGUUGGUAUGUGCAUAAUUUGUUAAAGUAUGAGUUUGAUCUACAGUUUGAUAUACCUGUUACUUAUCCUGCUACUGCACCUGAACUUGAGUUGCCUGAAUUAGACGGCAAGACUGAAAAGAUGUACAGAGGAGGGAAAAUAUGCUUGACAGUGCAUUUCAAGCCGCUAUGGGCUAAGAACUGCCCCAGAUUUGGCAUAGCACAUGCACUCUGUUUGGGUCUUGCACCAUGGCUGGCAGCGGAGAUUCCUGUACUUGUUGAUUCUGGCAUGAUUAAACACAAAGAUGAUGUGGCCACAUCCAGUGAAUCUUGACAAGGAGAUGAAAUUUAAGUAAUGACGAAAGCUAGUCUCAAGAUACAACUGUAAACUUUAUGCAAGUCUUUGAAAGUGUACUUCUCCCCUCGAAUUCAUCAUAAAUGAAUAAUAUUGGGGAGUCAAAGUUUCAUGUGCUUUUUAUGCCCUCAAAUUUGUAUGGACCAGUGGUUCCAUUCUCCUUUACAUGAAUGAUAUUGAGGAGACCAAAUUUCUUGUUUUCUAGAACCUUUUUUCUUUUGACAAAGGGUGUUAAAGCCUUGUGAAACAGCAACUUUGAAAUUCUACUGUUAUUUGCUGUGUUUUUGAA